AUGGCAUUUUGCUAAGGAAAAUCCAUUCUUAUAAAGGAUACAUUAAAGUUGACAAAAUACAUCGAUCUUUGUCUAAAGACACCUGUUCACUAUAAGGGAAUUCAAAACUCUAUUGGGUAUCACAAAAUUAUGGUUGCACAAUUCAAUUUUAAGGAGUUUAAUAAAGGAUUAUUCCCUUAAUUUAUCAAUUUAAUCGGAAGAGAUUUUAAAGAAAUAGACACAUAGGAGUUUAACUAUUUUAUACAAGCUCUUAGUUGCUAUGUAGAAAGUGCUACACAUCAAAAUGUGUAUGAUAAAUAAAUCUUUGAAAGUGUAAUAGACUCUAUAAGUUUGAAUGCAACCUAUAUUUAAAAAUGUUUAUUCUUCAUAACUCUAUAUUUAUAUAGUGGGUUUUACAAGCUCCUACCUUUAAGUAUGGAAGCAGUCGAUAAAUUCUAAGAUAAGUUGUUCAAAUAAGUACCCUAAACAGGAGAAGAACAUCUUUGGAGAAUAUUAAUAGAGAUUCAUCUGGUAGAAGGUAGGAGAAACAUAGAAGGGCACACUGAAGGCUUUAAAAAGACAGAAAGUUAAAUAAUGGCUAAGUUUAUUAUUCUAAUUGAAAAAAUCGAUAUCUUUUUAACAAAAUAAACAAACAUUAUGAGUAGAAUCAUGUUGUUAAAACAUUUUUCAACGUACUAACACUCUUAUGUAAUAUUCGUAAUAUAUUAUUUAGCCAUAAUUAUUUGAUAACAGGAUUCAAAAAUUGAUAUUUUAAAUUCAAACAAACUCUCACGAUUACAUUUAGGAAAAUCUAUCAUCCUUAAAUUCAUUUGAAUUUCAAUUAUAUAUUGAUUUAUUCUCAAAAAGUAAGGAAAUGUUUUAAUCUGCAAAGUGGGAUGUCAUAUUGAAUGAAAUCAACUCUAGAAAUUUGAACGAAAUGCCAAUAUAAGAUGUAAUAUUUUAAAUAUAGGCUAUAAUGAAAAAUAAAAAAAUGACACGUUAAUUAGGCAAUAAAUAUAUUUAGUAAAUUAUAUUUUAAAAUUAGACAUUUAUAUGAGAAUGUGGAUUCUAUAAAUUCUUAAAGUUACGCAGAAGUGUUUCAGAUCAUUCAUUUAAUAAAUAGUGAUAUAAAAAAAGAUUAACUUGUGACUAAACUACAAUUAAAAGUAGUACCAAAAGAUUUGCCAUUACAACAUGUAUCUUUGAUUCUUUUUGCGCUUAAAAGUUUUCGUUAAAUAGAUCGAAAUAUAUUGGAGAAAUAUUUGGAAGGAAUUGAAAAUAGAAUUAAUGAUAUAGACAAUAAAACUGCUAUGGGAAUUUUAUCUGCUCUUAAUUUAGUGUCUCAGUAACAUCCACUGAUAUUUGCCUAAAUUCAAAAGCUUAAAUUAAAUGAUCAGUAGGAUUAACUAUUACUAAGAGAGAUCUUAAGGUAUUUAUAACUGCAUGAUCCAUAAAAUGAGUAAGCUAUUAAAGUAUAGGAGGCGUUUGUAAGGCUUUUGAAUAAGUAAUUUAAUAUAGAAUUGAUUUGUUCGAUUCUUGAAAUACUAUAUAAUUUUAAUCAAUAGACUAAAAAAUCAAUCACAUUAAUACCUGAACUUAAAAUAUAUAUAAAAAGAGGAAUAGAUUAACUUAAAAGUUUCAACCCUGAUAAACAAAAUAAUAAUGAUCAUUAAAUGGAGUUUUUGAGAAAGUAAUAUCAGAUUGAUGAAUGA